AUGAUUCCUGUUAUUGCAGCAUUGCUAAUCCUUGCCUUAUCCAUCUUCUUUGUCUUUUUUACUCAAAAGAAGAAGCGAGCUGUACUCCCACCAAUGCCACCUCUCCCUCCAGGACCUACCCCAUGGCCGAUCGUAGGAUGUGUGCCAGAAAUGUUGAGGAAUAGACCAACAUAUAUAUGGAUACAUGACAUUCUAGAACAACUCAACACUGAUAUUGCUUGUGUACGACUAGGAAGUGUUCAUGUGAUUGCAGUUAAAUCACCAGAAAUAUCUAAGGAGUUUUUGAAGAAACACGACACUAUUUUCGCAUCGCGACCAGUUACUAUGGCCACCCACCUCUUAAGCAGUGGAUACUUAACAACAGUUGUUGUACCUAUGGGACAACAGUGGAAAAAAAUGAGAAGGGUUUUGGUUGGCGACGUGUUACACCAGUCUAAACUCCAGUGGUUGCUCAAUAAGAGAAACAUUGAAGCAGACAAUCUAAUGAAGUUCCUCUACAGUCAGUGCUCAACAAACGAGAAUGGUUCGGUAGUGAACGUGAGAUAUGCAGCCCAACACUACGCAAUAAGCGUGAUGAAAAGGAUGAUCUUCAACACAAGGUACUUUGUCAAAGCGAGAGAGGAUGGAGGCCCAGGAAUCGAAGAUGAAAGACAUGGCUCUGCACUUUUCACGAUUUUAUUACAUCUGUAUGCAUUUUGUGUAUCCGAUUACCUUCCAUGGUUGAAACCUUUUGACAUAGGUGGACAUGAGAAAAAAGUGACCGAUGCCUUGAAAACUAUCAAGCAGUAUCAGGACCCUAUUAUAGACGAGAGACUACGGAAGUGGAGGUGCUCCGAUCUAGAAAAUAAGAUCAAGGAGGGUGUAGAGGAGGACCUGCUCGACGUUUUAAUCUCCCUCAAACAAGAAAAUGGGCAACCUCUAUUAUCAGCUGAAGAAAUCAAAGCGCAAAUCACAGAAAUACAACUUGCCACGAUGGAUCACCCAUUCAGUAUAGCAGAGUGGACUCUAUCAGAAAUGUUGAACCAACCUGAGAUGCUUGCAAAAGCACAAGAGGAACUAAAUAGGAUAGUCGGAGUCGACGUACUUGUUCAAGAAUCUCAUAUCCCUAAACUCACUUACAUAAAGGCUUGUGCAAGAGAAUCGCUUAGGCUACAUCCAGUUGCACCAUUCAAUGUCCCCCAUGUUUCGAUUGUUGAUGCUACAGUAGCAGGAUAUUUCAUCCCAAAGGGCAGCAAUGUUCUUCUAAGUCGUGUAGGCCUCGGACGCAACCCCAAAAUCUGGGAUAAUCCAUUAAAGUUUGACCCCGAGCGUCAUCUGAGUGAAGAUGCUAGUCAACAAGUAGAUCUAGAAGAACGCGGGUUGAGAUUCAUUUCAUUUACUACUGGGAGGAGAAGUUGUCCGGGCGGUACGCUUGGGACUACUAUAACUGUGAUGCUCUUAGCUAGGCUUCUUCAAGGAUUUACAUGGAACAUGCCACCCCAUGUGGACAAGAUUGACCUUACUGAGGCGCACUCUCUCUUCAAACUCAGGCCUCUGUAUGCACACGCUAAACCACGCUUACAUGCUGCUGUCUACAUGGUUUAG